AUGGGCGAGAAAGAAGACAAGGAGAAAGCCGAGAAACUGGCUGCCGCGAAAAAGAGGGUAGCCCAGCUGCAGAAGAAGAAGAAAGCCGCUGCUGCCAAAGACAGUGUGAAAAAGGAGGACGAGCGGGCUGCUGAUGGGACAGAAGGAGAAACUGCUAGCGAUGGCCAAGAGAAGAACAUAGCUCAGGUAGACGAUGUCCCUGAGGCCGAUGCAGUUGAGCCUGCGGCAGAAGAACAACACGGCAAUAAGGGUGCUGCCGCCAGCCUUGCAGACGCAGACGCAGAUGAAGAAGCCUUCAACGCCGCAAUUCAAGCAGCCAGUACGAAUGCUCCCGCACCGGAAACGGUCCUUUCUCCCGCAACGAUCUCCCCCCCCUCUGCCGAGCAAGACCAGUCCUCGUCCACAAGAGAGUCUAGUGCUCGCCAUACUGCCCGCCAACCGAGCGUCAGCCUGCAAAGCAAAAUGCGCAGCACAAGUUUUCGGGAUAGUGGCCCAUUAAGCCCCGCCCUGCUCACGGGCAACUCCUUGUUGAAGAUUGAAGAGUUGGAGAGGGAGAAUAAACGGCUGGCAAAGGAAGCCGAGGCCCACGAGAGGAGGUGGCGCAAGGUAGAAGAAGAGUUAGAGGACCUGCGAGAGGAGAAUGCAGAGAAGCCUCCAAAUUCAGUGGCGGAGGAGGAGAUUCGGCGCUUAAGAGCUGAGAUCGAGGCACUCAGGAGACGGACAAGUUUGACGACUACUACGCUCAGCAGGAGGGAGAGUGCUGCGAGCGAGGACGCGGUCAUGGUAAGGGCCGAACUGGAGAGGAAAGAUUCCACCAUUGCGGAUAUGCAGCUCGAGAUUUCGAGGCUGAGGGGUCAAUUAUCCAGUCAGGCCCAAGGCUGCGAGGCGCACGGAGAGCAAAUUGCUGGACUACAAGCUUCGUUGUCGUCGACAGAGAAAAAGUUGAAGGCAUUUGAGAGUGACUUGGCAGAUGCGAGGAAGGCGUUGUCCAAGGCUAGUGAGAAAGCUGUGUUGGAUUCGACAGAGCGCACGAGCAAGGAAAUGAAGAUUCAGACUCUGGAAAGAGAAUUGCAAGAAACCGUGGCCCAGCGGGACGAGGCCGUGAAGAAAGCAGAACAGCUGGAAAAGAAAAUUGAAGUGAUGAACAAGCUCCACCGCGAGGCCGAAGCAAGGCAUGCGACCAAGUUGGCCGCAGCUGAGGCCAGCGCCCGCGAAGUCCCUGCUCUGCGCAUCAAGAUCGGAAAGGCCGAGAACGAAAAUGCACAGUUGCGAGAAAAGCAUAAGCGCGUGAUGAGCGGCGAUGGAGGCGGAGAGGGCCUGGAUGAACUGGAAGACGAAGAGAGGCAGAAGCUCGAAAGACGAAUCCGGGAACUGGAAGGGCAAGUCUUUGAUCUCCAGCGCGGGGUGUGGAGAGACAAGAGGGUACAAAUGCAGCCUCGCGGAGACGAUGUCGGGUCGCGAACUUCUCUGGAUCCAGGCGCCGAGGAUUUCGACGAGGUGGACCUUUCAGGCCCCGGAGCCGGCAGCAGUCGACGAAGAAGUUUCGCGAACCCGCAGCAGCAGACUCGUCACUCCAACUUCGCGCAGGUGCUGAAUUCGGGUCUUGCAGCAUUCCGCGCGAGCACCACCUCUCCAGUCAGCCAGCAGAAUCGGCCCCGGAACGAUUCCCUGCUCCAGGAAUUCGACGACGACGACGAUGCUUUUGACGAGCAUGCCUUUGCGCGGGCACAGAAGGAGGAAGAGGCCAGGAAGAUGGUGGAGCAUGUGAGGGAGAUCAAAAGAGGGCUGAAACAGUGGGUAGGUUGGCGACUGGAUCUGGUGGAGCCCAGACGGGCAGGUGUUGGCGUUGGAUACGGUGAGAUUUUUGACCUGUAA